CACACAAAGUCGAACUUGAGGUAGAAGCACGUAGUAAAUAAACUGAAUGGCUCAUAGAGCACUCUGUUGGUUACCUCAGCAAGCAUUUUUCAUUGAAUUUCUCCGUAUUUACUCUUGUCGAGCGGACUUGACAGUCGUUAACUAACGUUACUCUUAAAACGGGCUGUCUGGUGAAAGAGCUAAACGUUUGUUUUGGACGUUUAAUAACGCAACAAGCAACAAACCGAAUGGUGAGUGAGUUUCUUCAGCGAGGACAUAACGUUACCAGGCCUGUUCAGUUAAACAGACCAAACAGAAAUCUCGAAGGAACUGAAUACCACAUAAGACGUAAAAUAACAUUAAUUUCAGACACAAAGCGAACCUGUAGGUUAAUCGAGCUGUUGCGGUUUGCUGUUACGGGCUGUGUGUUGAAAAGCUAACGUUCAGGACGAGUUCGCUAGCCACGUCGCGUGCACUACAGCGGUUAGCUGUCACUAGGAUCUUCAUUGGUCUCGAUGCAUGGUUUGAGUUAAUAUUGACGAAAAGCAAGAACAGAAAUGUCAGAUACUAAUAAAGAAGUAGUGGAUCUGGUGUGGGGCAGACCCGGUGGCGGAGGAGUGCCUGCAUCCCUCUUCCGCAGGUGGUCACAAGGCUUUGUGUUCAGUGAGACAGAGCGCUCUGCACUGGAGCAGUUUGAAGGUGGACCGUGUGCUGUCAUUGCACCGGUGCAGGCUUUCCUGUUGAAGAACAUGUUGUUUACCACUGAAGGCUCAAACUGGAAAGAUAUCUCAGAGGAAGAGCAGAGGACAGUCUUGUGCUCCACCCUCAGUGAGAUCCUGGAGUCUGCCUGCCUCAAUAAGACACAGGCCUUUCACUUGGCCACUUUGCCUCAUGCUAAAACCACAGACAGCAGUGACAUCACUGACAGCCACCCAGAGCCUGAGUCGAGCCAACCUACUGAAACACAGACUGCUUUGGCUGCUGAGGAGCUUGGCUUUGAGAGGUUUCACAGCGUCAUACAGAAGAGGACUCUCAGGACCGAUGCAGAAUUGAGAGAGGUGGUGUUGUCACUGUACGACACUUGGAAGAACAAAUUCGGGGUUCUGCUAUUUCUGUACUCUGUCAUACUUACAAAGGGAAUUGAGAACAUAAAGAAUGAGAUUGAAGACACCUCUGAACCUCUGAUUGACCCUGUGUACGGCCACGGCAGCCAGAGUCUAAUCAACCUUCUGGUGACAGGUCAUGCUGUGUCUAACGUGUGGGACGGUGAUAGAGAAUGUUCUGGAAUGAAGCUUCAUGGCAUCCAUCAGCAGGCCUCUGUUGGCUUCCUCACACUUAUGGAGUCACUGCGCUAUUGCAAGGUAGGCGCAUUUCUCAAAUCUCCAAAGUUCCCUAUUUGGAUCCUUGGCAGCGAGACUCAUCUCUCAGUAUUCUUCACUAAGGAGAUGGCUUUGGUGGCCCCCGAGUCUCCUUCAGAGCAGGCUAGAAGAGUCUUCCAGACCUUUGACCCGGAAGAUAAUGGGUUCAUUCCAGACACACUGCUUGAAGAUGUUAUGAAAGCGUUGGAUCUUGUCUCUGAGCCAGACUAUGUGAAUCUGAUGAAGAGUAAGCUGGAUCCAGAGAGGUUGGGAAUAAUUCUGUUAGGCCAGUUUCUGCAGGAGUUCUUUCCUGACCAGGAUUCUGUGAUCCCAGACUCAUUUCCUGUGCAUCACUAUAAUGGCCUGAAGCAGUCCAACCACAAUGAGAAGGUGAGUUACGUUGAGGGCACUGCUUUGGUCAUGGGUUUUGAGGACCCCAUGGUACGUACGGACGACACCCCGGUCAAGCGCUGUCUACAGACCAAAUGGCCCUACAUCGAGCUCCUGUGGACAACAGAAAGGUCGCCCUCCCUCAAUUAACCUUUUGUCUCUCACCUUUCACCCAUCAACCUCUGGCUACACAGCCCGCUGACUUCAGGAACGCUCUUAGGACUCCUUGCUCUCUCCGCACUACAUUUAGAAGGCCAACACGAGACCUGAAGUUCAAACGAGAGACGAUGCUCUUCGCCUGACACUCACACAAAGCAUCCUGUUUGCUUUUUACACAGCUCAACUACUUUGAUUAUUGGGCUAAAUUUGUGUUUAAAGCCCCAGGAGUUUUUUUCUUUUUUUUUUUUUUUUUUACUUUCUGUUGUCAUCUUGUGUGAAUACCAAAUGUAUUUGCUUUGCAGGAGUUCAUAUAAUUUUUGUUAACUUUCAACAUGAUUUUGUUUACUGGUCUGAAAUAAGUCUUAAUUUAUGGAAUUGUUAAUAUAUUGUUUUGUUUUUUGGAAGUUUGAUUGUCAGUAGUUGUAAAUAUUUAAGGGAUCAUUUGACCAAAGGUUCUGGUUGGACAUAAAGUAUUUGUGUUUGUCAGUGGUCAGCAUAGGAGCCACUAUAUUGUGCAGCACUCGGCCCUGAGAGGAAGUCUGUUUAAACAGGUUUACUAAAGAAUGCACUACAACCCCAUGCUGGGCACCAAACGACAGUGGAGAAUCGGGCAAUUUUAGUAUUUAAACUUUGAAGUAACAACCCUCCAGGAGGGAUUCCCUGCAUGAGAGAGAAUAAUAACACUGACAAACGCUCACCCUUUAUUUAUUCUGAUCCUAAUGGUUCACUAAAAUAAACACUUUUGUUCAUCA